UCUUAAAAAAAAGAAAAAAACAACAACAGUGAGCACUUCCUUUUCUUCUACGAGGAGCCGAUGCUUUUUGUCUUCAGUGGCUGUCUUAAAAGUCAUCGUGUAAGCAGAUGCUCCUUUGCUCUCAUUCCCACUCCGGUCUUUGUUCCUCUUUCUCUCUCUGCGAAAAGUGGUGUAGGUAGCUUCGGUAGUGCACGCCAUUAAAGACUCCUGCAAGUGCAGAGAGCUCGGGUUUUUUUGUAUUUAUUGGUUGCUUUAAGAGAUGGAGUCAGAUAGGUCCGAUUCAUCAGGUCCGAUAACGCAACGUGUUUAUUCUUUGGGAGCUGCUGCUAGUGCUACUGAUACCAGAGGAAAGCAUAGGAUACAAGCGGAGCUCAAACGAAUUGAGCAAGAAGCUAGAUUCUUAGAGGAAGAGCUGGAACAACUUGAUAAGUUGGAGAAGGCUUCGACUGCAUGCAAGGAAAUGCUAAACAAUGUGGAGACUAUACCAGACCCACUACUGCCAAUAACGAAUGGUCCCAUGAACCCAUUAUGGGACCGAUGGUUUGAAGGCCCCAGGGAGUCUAAAGGAUGCAGUUGCUGGAUAUUCUGAUUUUGAUUGCCCUUAACACAGAUUGUCAUUUGUUGGCAGAGUAUUUUUGAUAAAAUGCUACAAUUUUCAAGCAAUACGUGUGUGGUGCAAUGCUUCGCUAGAACAACAAUUUUACAGCAACCUUUUCUUCAGUAAAGGAAAUGUUUCAUUGCGCAAAAUGUGACAUUCUUUAAGACAAGCAAAUGUAGAAACAUUCUACAGGAUUGAUUGAGUACGGUUAGAUGAUACACAACAGAUACACGUUUGAAAAAUAAAUAAAUAAACGCUUCUGAGAUCA